GUCUCCGUCUUCAUCACCGUUUUCCUCCUCAGGGUUCCCGUCCUGGUGGUCUCCAUCUUCCUCCUCACCACCACCCUCUUCCUCCUCAGAGCCUCCAUCUUCACCACCCUCCUCCUCCUCCUCCUCCCUGGGGCGCCAUCGCCUCCUUCCUCUCCCCCGGGGUCUCCAUCCUCCUCAUCACCUUCCUCAGGGCCUUCAUCACCAUCUUCCUCCUCAACGUCUCCAUCCCCACGUUCUUCCUCGGGGUCUCCAUCUUCCUCCUUCUCCUCCUCGGAGCCUCC